ACGCUGAGCACCGACAACCUGCGGUUAGCAGGACGCUCAGCUGCUACGUACGGUGGAGCGAAAGAAAAUUCAACUUACCAUGUCCAUCUCGGCCCUGCCGCUGCUGCUGCUGGGGGUGGUGGUGGUGGGAGCCCAGCAGGAGAAGACCAUCUGCGCGGGCAUCAACGGGAUCCCCGGUCAGCCCGGAGCCCCGGGGCAGCACGGGACCCCUGGGGCCCCCGGGAGGGACGGCAGAGACGGCGUUACCGGAGCACCCGGAGCCAAGGGAGACCUCGGGGCUCGAGGCUUGACUGGAGACCCAGGUCUGCCAGGAAAGCUGGGCCCUCUUGGCCAACCAGGGCUCGCGGGGACUCCGGGAGUCGCAGGUGAGCAGGGCGAAAGAGGCGAGAAAGGCGAGCGGGGAGAGAGCGGCGUGGGGCCCAGGUCGGCCUUCUCUGCGAAGGUCGACACUUACACGCCGGCGGCCGGCUCCCCCGUGACGUUCAACGUCAUCAUCACCAACCCGCAGGGCCACUACAACCCCGGCACAGGGAAGUUCACCUGCGCCCAUCCAGGCGUCUACUAUUUCACGCUGUACGCGCACCCCGGUGAAAAGUACAUUGUGGUUAUGAUCAUGAAAAACGGGAACAUCAUCUCUAAGGUGUGCGGUGAGAAAUUCAACGCAAUAAGUGGCAGCGUCGUGCUGAGUCUCAAAGCCGAGGACGAGGUUUGGCUGGAGUUGGAGGCUCCGCACAUUAAUUUGUUCUUCAACGUGCACAGAGACUCGGUGUUCAGCGGCUAUAUCCUGUACUCCGAGCCUCAACUCCUGGGCGACGAGGCAACGUACCAGAAGCCCAGGGUACGCAAAUUCACCGUCGAGGUCGACUACAGCGUCAGGGACCCCCCGCCCCAGGACUCAACGGGAGAGCCGUACUCCCAACAUUCCAUCUCGGCCCUGCCGCUGCUGCUGCUGCUGGGGGUGGUGGUGGUGGGAGCCCAGCAGGAGAGGACCAUCUGCGCGGGCAUCAACGGGAUCCCCGGUCAGCCCGGAGCCCCGGGGCAGCACGGGACCCCUGGGGCCCCCGGGAGGGACGGCAGAGACGGCGUUACCGGAGCACCCGGAGCCAAGGGAGACCUCGGGGCUCGAGGCUUGACUGGGGACCCAGGUCUGCCAGGAAAGCUGGGCCCUCUUGGCCAACCGGGGCGCGCGGGGACUCCGGGAGUCGGAGGUGAGCAGGGCGAAAGAGGCGAGAAAGGCGAGCAGGGAGAGAGCGGCGUGGGGCCCAGGUCGGCCUUCUCUGCGAAGGUCGGCGCUUACACGCCGGCGGCCGGCUCCCCCGUGAGGUUCAACGUCAUCAUCACCAACCCGCAGGGCCAUUACAACCCCGGCACGGGGAAGUUCACCUGCGGCCACUCAGGCGUCUACUAUUUCACGCUGUACGCGCACCCCGGUGAAGAGCACCUCGUGGUUAUGAUCAUGAAAAACGGGAAGGUCAUCUCUAAGAUAUGUGGUAUAAAAUACACCGCAAUAAGUGGCAGUGUCGUGCUGAGUCUCAAAGCUGGCGACGAGGUGUGGCUGGAGAUGGAGGCUCCGUACAUUCAUUUUCACAUUGACGCGCACAGAGACGCCGUGUUCAGCGGCUAUAUUUUGUACUCCGAGUGAAUCGUUUUUGUAUCCAUCGGCGCGUUUGGGAAAACAGAUUGGGAACACAUUAACACACACGUGCAUGUACACCCCCCCCCACCCCACCACCGUGAUAUACAAAGCUUUUGGGCAACAUCUCAGAAAAAUACCCGGCAAAAAUCUGCAAAUAUACUCAGCUUGCCCAUUGCUGUGGUAAUGACUGUAAAUUUUUGGAUGUGAGAUGUUCUCACCAGAGGCAAAAUAGGCCCGACUCUUAUUCUCAGCCACCUCUCUCCUUGUCAGCCAGGGUGUCUGGGCGAAUAUGAAUCGGUUAGACAAUGCAGAGAGACAUAGCCGCUUGCACCAACUGAAAAAGUCCUGAAACCUCACCAAUUUCACAUCCGGCAUCGGCAGUGAAGGGGGAAAUAUUCCAAUUCCAGCUGAUAGCUGAGAGUUGCUCAUUUCUAACAUGGGAGAGAGAGGAGAGGGGAUACAUUUUCUCUCCCGUGCAAUUCUCUCAAUAUUUUGUAUCAGACGGCAACAGAAAGAAGGACGAUAACUCGAUCUGGAAUACUGAGAAUCUUAACAAGAUUUGGAAUGUAGUAACUAUGCCUUGGUUCGUUACGCACAAGGACGUAAACCAACUGUGGCGGAUAACAAUUUAUUGACAAGCAAGUACAACCAACUCUUCAAAACUAUCGGCAACAAUAAUAACACGUGUCUACAGAACCCUGCAGUUCACCGACUUCACACAGCGACCCCGCGUGUCGACAAUGACGGAACACCGCGUCGACUUACACAUGUAAUAAAGGACUUCCAGGCGAUGUCGUUCAACGUGUCCUUUAUUGGGUUCUUGCUCACACCCUGCGAAGUCUCCGCUCCGACCCGCACCUGUUCCUCCUCGCGCCUCCGCGCUCCACGCUGUCUCCCACUCGCUCUCUCUCUGCAGCCACACCGCUGCCUGUGUGCUCCCGCACACUCCGCAGCCGCCCUGCUGCUCCCCGUUACUCCGCACCAACAGCAUCCACUCCGCUGCCCCGUGCGCUCUCCGCGUACUCUGCAGUCUCCCCGCUGCUCCACGCGCACCGC